AUCAGAAAAAUUAUUAUACCAUAUUCAAGUGUUACCGUUACCAUAUAUAUUGUUACAGUAUAGGGUUUAGUUCACGGCUUCAAGCAACUAGCUAGUGUUGAUGAAAAUGGAAAUCUUGAUCAAGUGUGUCAUUAGAUGUCCAAAAAAUGGUACUGAUGAAUUGGAGAAAGAAGAUGCGGUAGAAAAACUUCUUCAGGAUUGGAAACCUCCAGAGGUCCCUCUUUAUGAUGUUUAUCAUAGGAAAGGAAUUUCUUGUCUGUGUAAUGUUUUCCAUAAGAAGGGAACUUUUGAAUCGAAAUCAGGUGGCUAUGCGAUCAAAACCAUAGAAAAAACGGUGUCGAUCCAAAAUAAAGGCCAAGUUGAGCUUCAAUUGCAUGCAAGCCGUACCAUCCAAGAGCACAAGAUGAGCUACGCCUACCUCCAUACGGGGUUAGUACAAGUGGGUGUGAAGCCUUUAACUAGAAAAGGUUUGAAUACAUCUGUGUUGGUUUUUCUUCGCGAUGGUCGAUUUCUCAAGUUCAAAGACUCUCUAUUGGCCACCAUGGAGACCUCUCUCAGUGAUGGACCAGUUUAUUUCAAUUGUUAUCCCAACUAUCCAGUGUCAUUAAAGGAUGCCUUAGACACUUGGAAACUGUAUGUUAGAACUCAAAAUGGGGAUGAUGGAGAUAAUAAUCAGGAGGGCUCAAAAGAUAUUGCUAUUGUUUAUAGGGUUUAUUACAAAGUAAUGACCUCAGCUUCUAGUCGGGGCUCAAAAGUGUCACUCACAACCGGGAAAACAACUUUCAUACAGACAAAUCUACUCAAGGAUAACAUUGCUGUGGCGAAAACAGUGGAAUGGGAUUCAUUUCAAGUCCCGAAUGAUGUGUAGCAUCGCCUGCAGGCGUGGCUUAAUGUCUUGGUGAGAGGAAGCUAGCAAGGGUAAAGAUGGAGUUGCUCUAUGUCAAGGAAUUAAGCUAGUCUUUGUUGGCAAUUAGCAUAAAUGGGAUUGGCGAUGGUUUGGAUGGCUUGGUUCUUUCUUUAGUCUUUUUAUCCAUGUCUAUUAUGUUUUGUGAGGUGCAUUUAUUAUUAUUAUUAAUUUUCUGUUUUUUUUUUUAAUCAGUUUUGCAUACUUGUUUGAACUAAUUUUCGCCAUGUAGUUUGGUCAGGGUUGGCUUGUA